AUGGCACAGGCGUUCAAUGAGCACUGGGACACCGCCGGUCGCAUUCCCUUUUGGUACACCUUGGAGUCAAACGCCCUGGCCGCAGCAGCAGAGAAGAAGCCCGGCGACAAGAAAGCAGUAUCAUCUAACCCGAGCUUUGUCGAGAGAAUGUCGGCGACGGAGGGGUAUCUGACGAAGCAGCUCCAAGACGUACGCGUGGACUACCUGGAGAUCGACCGGGUGGGUGUCGAGUUCAAUAAUGACCUACUCAAGCACUCCCGGGGGGUAUUUGGGAAACAGGCGAACCGGGUCCUCCAAGAAGAGGCCGAUGACCAGUGGAGCGGCAUCGACUUCGUGUCGGAGUCGUUCGAGCAGGAGGCACAGCUCCACGAGGCGGUGUCCAAGUGCGGUGGCGACCCCUCCAAGCUGCCCGUCCAGGACUGCGACUACCUUCAGGACAGCAUCAACUGCCUUGCAAAUGUCCUAAGGGCCAAGGGCAUUGGCGGGUGCCCAGAUGCCACUGAUGGGGAGGCUGUGAACGUGCCUACUUCCCUGACGCGUUUUAGGAUACGAGGUUCGGAGGACUUGCCCGACAUGAGACGACUCGUUCUCGUGUCUCAUUGCAGCUGUUGCCACCGCAAGCAUUACUUCUGA